AUGCGAACAAGUUGGAUUUUUAGCUCGUAUUUUUAUCUCAUAAUUGCACUAUUAUUCUAUUCUGUAGAAGUUUCGACAAAACCGUCGAAUUUUUCUACGCACUUGAUAAAAAGAGCAUUCUAUGAGACUGACCUGACCGAAGAUGUCGCCGUACCCGUGAUUAUUCCUACGAGCAUGAUGCAGUGCGAGGGAUCUAUGAAAUUUUCGAGCUUUGAACUCAAACUCACUCCUUCAAACGUGACCGGGUAUCCUAAUCUAGUUAAGACUCUUACCAUGCAAGUACCUGUGGCUUUAACGCGACCUACAAUACAAAUGAGUUACGAUAAACCCUGUGGUGAUCAUUCGCGUGUUAUACUUACUCUGAUUUGCGAUACGCAAACCUUUCAAGAUUUUUGCACGGUUCAGGGAAGUACAUUGACGAUUUCUCUUAAUAUGGCAAACCAUUUUGCUCUAUUUCACGCCCUUCACAUGACUUACCCUGACAACCACUUUUCUAUGCAAAUUUUGAUAAAUAAUGGUGCUGGUUGUGCCAGACUCGUUCUUAACCCUCGUUACAAUCCCGACUGUCCUCUUGAGGCGGACAAUAAUUCGAGUCCUCUCAAUUAUUCAGGUCCUCCCAAUUAUCCGAGUCCUCCUAGCAACUCAUUGACAAAAAACCUCUCGUACUUGUAUAACGUUCUAAUAAUAGUCGGCACAGUUGCUGUACUAAUUAUCGCACUGCUACAAGUGAGCAACGCUAUGCAAGCUAAUGCGACGACAUCACAUUUUCAAUAUACAGACACCAAAGAGUUGAACCAUGAACAAUCGGCUUUUCUGAUAGCACCUCCAUUGACAGUACAAUCGCCUUCUAUAUACGAUAUAUUUCGUGCUGUUCAAUUUUUUGUGACCACUGCUUUGCUUUCUAUACCGUGUCUAUUAAAUAGUCUAAAUUUAAACUUUAGCUAUCGUGGUGUGGCGUCCGAACUUGGAUGGACUUGUGGAAUACUACCAUACAGUUUCCAUGCUGGGUUCAUAAACGACACUACAAAUAACAAAAUACGAGAGGGAAUAUGUAACAUAUCGGAAACCCCAUAUUCGACCUUGAGCCCACCUUCUUCUGGAUUUACGAAUUUUGGCGCGGCCGUGGGAGUCCCGGGAUAUGAUUUAUUUUUUAUGUCUUUGUGGGAAAAAUGGUCCAUCCUGAAAACUGCUGCGCAUAAUAUUCACUUUUUAAUACUUGGCGGAAUGUUACGUCUGCUACUCUUGUUUUACUAUCCCUUGACUCUUUUUGCCGCCUAUCAAUUAACUCUUGGCCGCGAUUGCUGGUUUUUAUUGUUUCUUGCUGCAAUUUGUAUUGUAGUAAUCUCUAUCGGAUCAGUAACGAUUUGCUCCAGCAAAAUUAUCAAGGACAUGCGUUCUAAUCGAGAAGCAUUUGACUCGCCAGCUCACAAAAUCGUAUUGGGCGCGUUUUACACUCAAUAUCGAGACAGCUCGGAUGCACAAGAGAGCCGUGUUUGGUUCUUUCUAAUUCCGGUUGUUUAUGAUUUUAUUAGGGCUAUCGUCAUUGGAGCGGCUCAGAAGAGCAGUCUCACGCAAGGCCUUUUCUUGCUUGUCACCGAAUUGGUUUAUUUCCUUUUGCUAGCGCUUUACAAGCCUUAUAUAACAGAUUUGAUGAAUAAGUUAAAUAUCGGCAUUUCAUUUUUGAAGUUAGCCGUUGUUCUUUUACUACUUCCGUAUUCAAACGUUUGUACUAGUGAGGCUCUCCAAAGUAUUGCAUUUGCUUUGCAAACCAUAAUACUCGGAUUAUUAUUUGGGGUAAUGUUUGCCAAAUCGGCUAUGAUGGUUAAAGGUUAUGUUGACAAGAAAAAGAGUAACGAUAAUACCUCAACAACAUAA